AUGCUGUUCCGAUUCGUCCUCUUUCUCGUUUUCGUUUCCGUUCUUGCUCUCGCCAAUUCGGUCGAGAAUCCGUCCGUGGAAGGAUCUCCGCCGCCGCCGCCGAACGGAACGGAGCUGGAGCCGCCACGUAGCAACGGAACAGAGCAAGGACCGCCGCCGCCGUUCGCAGCCAACGGGACCGAGAUUCAGGAGAACGGAAACAAAACCGGUGAGUUGGUUCGGAAAGAUCCACCUGAAAAUGGAAUGUUUUGAGGCGGAGUGAUCAAUUGGAUCAAGUCAAAGAUCGGAAAGUAG